AUGUCGACCAAGACUGCCGCCGAGGGCGCCGUUGUGCCCCACAAGCCCGCUCCCCUCCCUUUCGCCUACACCUUUGCGGCUGGAGCGAUCGCUGGUGUGACUGAGCUGCUGGUCAAGAUCCGAGAGCCUUCGGCACCCGUCACGCACCUCAACACUAAAACCCCACCUGAGGCUGCCACGGCCGUUGCUCGUUGUUGGGUCGUGUGUGGUGACGUAUCCGGUAUCGACGGCUUCGCCCAGACCCCCUCCUAUGCUUCACUAAGGCUGUCUGCACGCUUCUCAUCAUGGCGCGUCCGCUCUAACAAUCAGAUGCUCUACCCUCUCGAUGUGCUCAAGACGCGCCAGCAGCUUGACUCGUCGAAGAACCCUCCCGGCAUGGUUCAGACCUUCAAGAACAUUGUCAAGCAGGAGGGUGUCGGUCGUCUGUACCGCGGUAUCGCGUCGCCCCUCCUGAUGGAGGCGCCGAAGCGUGCGGUUAAGUUCGCCGCGAACGGAUGGUGGGGCAACGUCUUCACGGAUGGCGGCAAGAAGAAGACGACGCAGCCCAUUGCGAUGCUCACCGGUAUGGCCGCGGGAGCGACUGAGUCGUUCCUCGUCACGCCGUUCGAGCUCGUCAAGAUCCGCAUGCAGGACAAGAACUCGACCUACAAGGGCCCGAUGGACGUUGUGAAGAAGGUCAUCGCCCAGAAGGGCCCCCUCGGUAUCUACCAGGGAAUGGAGCCGACCUUCUGGCGCCACGUCUGGUGGAACGGUGGUUACUUCGGAUCCAUUUUCCAGGUCAAGGCUCUCCUGCCCAAGGCUGAGGGCAAGGAGGCUGAGAUGAUCAACAACCUGAUCGCUGGUACGAUCGGUGGUUUCGUCGGAACCGUCCUCAACACGCCGUUCGACGUCGUCAAGUCGCGACUCCAGCUCCACGCCACCGGCGAGUGGACCUACCCGGCGCUCUUCCGCAUUGCCCGCGAGGAGGGUAUCGGUGCGCUUUACAAGGGCUUCGCGCCCAAGGUGCUCCGUCUCGCCCCCGGCGGUGGUGUCCUGCUCCUCGUCGUCGAGGCUCUCUCGACCGUGUUCAGGAAACAGCUUGGUCCCCCCUACAUCUAG